UAAUUCACCCAACUCAACUUACAAUCAGAUCAUCUCUCCAUCCCCCCCAAUUGCCAUCACUCCUAAUAUUAAUUCUCUCAUCUUUCUGUUCUUCAACUUCAGUCAUGGGCUUGAAACUCCUUGCCUUCCUCGUAGCGGUUGCUGCGGUGGCCGCUUCUGCUGCAGCCAAUUUCGGCGAGCCGAACAAUGUUAACAUGUCGAACUACUACUAUGGUUGGGGCCGCCCGAGAUCGGGUUCCAACUGCUCUCAUAGCUCCAGAGAGAUAAUCGUGGGAGGAGACAAUCGCUGGCAGUUUGGGUUUGAUUAUAACAGCUGGGCCUUUAAAAAUAAUCCUUUCUAUGUGAAUGACACCCUUGUCUUCAAGUAUGCUGCACCGAGCGAGAACAACACGCACCCGCACAGCGUGUACUUGUUCAACGAUUUCUGGAGCUUCAGAAGGUGCAACCUGAAGAGGGCCACGAUGCUCGCGAACACAUCAGACGGGGCCGGGGACGGGUUCAAGUUCGUACUCGCCCGGACUUGGAAGCCCUACUACUUUGCGUGUGGCGCGAGCAACGGGUUCCACUGCACCAACGGCAACAUGAAAUUCUUUAUCAUGCCGAGGAUCCGCUGGUGGAACAAGUGAACUGAUCCAUCGACGAAAGUGUUAGUUAAGAUCGUCACCGGGAAAACAACUUUUCCUUCUCUAAUUUUUCCUUUGCAUCAUAUGUUCUGAAUUUUAAAUAAGUUUUCUUGUUGUCUUAUAGAUAGCAAAAGAGAAUAAGUUUGUAAUAAGCUCGAUGGAGAACUUGUUAUUUGUCACACGGUUAUAUUUUCAGAUUGCUGUCUUAAUAAAGUCAUCUUUUGUUGGUGAGAAUACCCUUAAUACAAUGAAAUAGAGAACAUAUCUUUUUUUUUUU